AUGAGCAGUUAAAACGAUUAGAAAGAAGAUCUAUAUUUGCUUUUGGCUUAAUCCAAAGAUUUUAAUGAAUCUAGCCUCCAUUUAGUCAGUUAGAUACUCAAAGGAGAGAAAAAUUAAGACUGUAUAGAAUUUCUCUCAUUAGAUGAAAUUCAUAGGCAAGUGGAAUAAAAAAUAGUGUAAAUCGAAAAUUCUUCACUAUUGGAUAAGGAAUAAAUGCUAAAAUUUGGAAAAAAUGACAUUAAGAAAAUUACAAAUUUUCUAAACAAAAUUAAGGAUCAUGAUUUUAAUAGAGAAAAUUACGCAGCAGAUGGAUAUAAAGAAAUUACAUAAGUUCUUAUUAAGAAAAUAUCCUAAGAAAAGAAGAUCAUAGAAUUACUAAAAUUUUUAGUUCAUCUUACUGCCUUUGAUCAGAUGUAUAUAUAGUGUGGAUCAAAUUCUCUAUAUUUAUUAAUUUAAAUGAAGGUUGAUUUAAAGGAAUAAUCUUUUGAAAAAAUUAGAAUUAGAAAUACUUAGCUUCUUGGAGCUGACUUUGUGAGAUGUGACUUAAGUGGAUCUCAAUUUGAUAAUGUCAUCAUUAGUGGAAUAAAUUUGAAUUAAGCCAAUUUAUCUAAUUGUAAGUGGAGGAAUUUAAGAAUAAAUGAGGUGAUGGUGCUAAAUGGUCAUACUAAUUAUGUCAAUGCAGUUUGCUUUUCUAAUGAUGGUAAUUCAUUAGCAUCUAGUGGUAAUGAUAAUUUCAUUCUUUUGUGGUGUGUUAAAACAGGGAAAAUAAAGUCUAUAUUUAAAGGAUAGAGAAUUGUAAAAGCAGUUAGUUUCUCACCUAAUGAUACUUUAUUAGCUUUUGGAAGUGAUAAAUUUGUGUAUUUAUGGAAUCGUAAAAUAGGAAAAUAAAUUUCAAAAUUAAUUGGUCAUACUCGUGAUGUAAAUACAAUCUGUUUCUCUCCUGACAGUAUUUCAUUAGCAUCUAGCGAUAACAAUAAGUGUGUUUUUUUAUGGGAUGUUAGGACAAGACAAUAAAAAGCCAAAUUAGUCGGUCACACCAAUAUUGUCAAAUCAGCCUGUUUUUCUCCUGAUGGUACUACAUUAGCAUCUGGUAGUGCAGAUUAUUCUAUUCGUUUAUGGGAUUUUAAGACAGAAAAAUAAAAAUCCAAACUUGAUGGUCAUACAAGUUUUAUUUAUUCGGUCUGUUUCUCACCUGAUGGUACUAUAUUAGCAUCUGGUAGUUCAGAUGACUCUAUAGGUUUAUGGGAUGUUAAGACUGGAUAAAUGAAAGCCAAAUUAUAUGGUCAUAGUAGUUGUGUUAAUUCAGUCUGUUUCUCUCCUGAUGGUACUACAUUAGCAUCGGGAGGCAAUGAUAACUCAAUCCAUUUAUGGGAUGUUAAGACAGGAUAAUAAAAGUAUUAAUUUGAAGGCCAUGAUGGAGCUGUUUAGUCAGUCUGUUUCUCUCCUGGUGGUAAAAUAUUAGCAACUGGUAGUUAUGAUAAAUCUAUCCGUUUAUGGGAUGUAAUAACAGGACAAUAAAUCUUACCUUCUGAAAAUAGAUAGUAAUUUAUUCGGAUAUAAUGUAAACCCUAUAUCCUUUCAAAUAAUAUUCUUCCAGAUAGUGGUAUUUACUUUUCACUUGUAUUUAGCUACCUCUAAUUUCUCUACCCUACUAAUUUCCUAAAAUUAUAAUUUAUAAGCCUAAAGGGCUUUAAUCUAAAACGGAGAAUUUGUUAAUUAUUAAGGUGUAGAUUUAAAAAAAUUAUUCAUAUCAAAAGGCAGCUUGGUUCGAGAAAACGAAAAAGAAUGGGAACAGAAUUGA